ACUCUGCGGUUAUCUAUACCAGGUCGUCGCAUUGGAGUCGACGCUUUAUAAAGAAAGGCACCGGCUCUCCGUAAUUUUAGACACCCAGUUAGUUGCGGCCUUGCAAGUCCUUUGCAUUUUCCACGGAAGAUGUCUGUAUCGGCACAGGCAGACGACAAGAGGUUGGACACUUUAGCUGUCAACAAUUUCGUAGAAUACUUGAGAAUACCGUCCGUUCAUCCUAACGUUGAUUAUGGUGAUUGCAUCAAAUUCCUACAGAAGCAAGCUAAAGAGUUAGGUUUACCAAUUCAAAUAUUUAAUGUAAGACCAAAAAAACCCAUUGUCAUUUUAACAUGGGUUGGCAAGAAACCGGAAUUACGUAGUAUAUUACUGAACAGCCACAUGGAUGUUGUUCCUGUGUACGAAGAAAACUGGAAACACAAACCAUUCGCUGCAGACAUUGAAAAUGGCAACAUUUUUGCUAGGGGUACUCAAGACAUGAAAUCCGUUGGUUUGCAAUAUCUGGAGGCCAUCAGAAGGUUGAAGUUGAAUGGUGUAACGUUCCUGAGAACUAUACAUAUAUCAUUCGUACCAGAUGAAGAAAUAGGAGGCUUGGAGGGUAUGAAAUUGUUUGUAGAAACAAAAGAAUUUGAAAAACUAAGGGUUGGUGUGUCGUUGGAUGAAGGUAUAGCAAGCAGCACAGAUGAAUUUGCUCUGUUUUACGGAGAACGUUGUAUUUGGCAUGUUCACAUUCAUUGCCCUGGUCAGUCUGGUCACGGCUCUCUCUUGAUGGAAAACACACCAGGAGAGAAGGUUGCACAUAUUUUGAAGCGAUUCUACGAGUUCAGAAAGACGCAACAGAAACUUCUCAAAGACAACCCCACAUGGACCAUUGGGGAUGUAACUACUAUCAACUGUACAAUGAUGAGUGGAGGAGUGCAAAGUAAUGUAGUCCCACCAGAGAUGAUCAUUGUUAUCGACUGUAGAAUGCCGGUGACAAUUGACAUUCAGAAAUGGGAAGAAACUAUACAUAAAUGGUGUGCAGAAGCAGGGUCCGAUAUAUACAUCACAUAUAGCCAGAAGCAGCCACAAGUUCCUGUAACUAAACUAGACGAUUCGAACCCAUUCUGGGUUGCUUUCAAAGCAGCUACAGAUGAACUAGGUCUCAAGCUUAAGCCGCAGAUAUUCCCUGGAGGCACAGAUAGCCGGUAUCUAAGAGAAAUAGGAAUUCCAGCAAUAGGCUUCUCUCCGAUCAAUAACACCCCAGUUUUAUUACACGAUAAUGAUGAAUUCAUAGGAGUUGACACCUUCCUGAAGGGCAUCGAUAUUUACUGUAAAAUCAUCAGCAAACUUGCGAACCUGGAAGAUCUGACUGGAUAGUAUUCGCCAAGAAUCAAGAAACGUCGUCUGUACUGAAUUUCGAUCAAAACUCCUGCAAUCUGCAAAAAUUGAGAUGUGUAUUCGGAAGAUGUAAUCCUAUUUACUGUAUAUGGUAUAAGAGAAUAUACAUCGAAUAUUUCUACAUCUUGGAACAAAUUGCAGGAAACAUUUGAUUGAUUUUCAACACAUACGAAUUUCUUGAUUCAUGGUGUUUACUUAUAUUUGGAACGAACAAAGAAAUAUGAAAAUUUCUGAAUUUAUCAAGGAUUGAUAUGUUAUUAAUAAUGCGAAUGUUAUUAUUGUUGGCCUAUAUUUUUAUAUAAUAUAAAGUAUUAUUAUUAAUC